AAAUUUUUCGCAUCUAGUAAAAUCUCGCGAGAUCGUCUCUCUUUUAUAAGCAUUGCGUUGGUGGCUUACGGAAUGAGAUUUCAAUAUGGCAGCCGUCGUGAUAUCUGCACAAGUCGGUAUCGCGGAAAUGUUUUGAAGUCGUUGAGUAAUCGCGACAACCGGUUGACGUACAACGCAUAGGCGUGUCUGGUGGAAAUUGCCAGCCACGAAGUGCUGUAUUAAACGGCACCAUUAGAAUAGUAAACUAGUUAGUGCUUAUUUAUCUACUAAUCGAAUACUGUCCGAGAGCCUCGCCGGAUUUUAUAAUAAAAGGGGGAGCUUGAAACGGCCAUGGGGAAACAAAAUAGCAAGCUGAAACCGGAAGUGUUAGAGGAUCUCAAGCAGAAUACAGAAUUUUCAGAUGCCGAAAUUCAAGAAUGGUACAAAGGCUUCUUAAAGGAUUGUCCGAGCGGUCAUCUGAGCGUAGAAGAGUUUAAAAAGAUAUACGGAAAUUUCUUCCCUUACGGUGAUGCUUCCAAGUUUGCAGAGCACGUGUUCAGAACAUUCGAUGCGAAUGGGGAUGGAACAAUCGACUUUCGAGAAUUUUUAUGCGCCCUCAGUGUAACAUCUCGCGGUAAACUGGAACAAAAAUUGAAAUGGGCCUUCAGCAUGUACGAUCUCGAUGGUAAUGGUUAUAUCUCGCGGCAAGAAAUGCUGGAAAUAGUGACGGCAAUCUAUAAAAUGGUGGGUUCCGUGAUGAAAAUGCCCGAGGACGAGUCGACGCCGGAAAAGAGAACCGAUAAGAUAUUUCGACAAAUGGAUAAAAACAAGGAUGGGAAAUUAUCACUCGACGAAUUUAUAGAAGGAGCGAAAAGUGAUCCGUCUAUCGUGCGACUGUUGCAGUGCGAUCCUAGUGCACAAGCUCAGUGAGGCCCUGGGCUAUUAUUACGCAAGUAUUACUGUGUCAUCUAUAUACAUGUGUAUAACUAUAUCGGGACCCGGUCCGAUAAUCUUCGAUAGAAACGAUUAAAAAUUUAUCAC